GGGGGAGGGACGCCCUGGAGUCAGCAGUUCUGUGCGGGGACCGGGACGUCAGAGCCCCGGCCAUGAGCUGACCGGGCACCAGAGGGACCGGGGAGACCGCCGGAUGAGUUUGCCGUUUCGCUGGUGGAGAAGAUGCAGGCUCAGGAAAUCCUGCGGAGCCUGCGGCUCCCCGAGUUUGAUGACCUCAGCCAGUUCUUCCGCAACCUGCCGGCCACGGCGCUGGUGGGCGUUGGUGCCUUCGCAGCUGUUGUCGCCUAUUGGUUUGCCAGCCGGCCCAGGGCCGUGAAGCCGCCCUGCGACCUGCGCAUGCAGUCGGAAGAAGUCGAGGGCCUGACUGGGGCGCGCCGCUCGGUGAUUGGGGACAGCCCACAGCUGCUGACACACUACUAUGAUGAUGCCAGGACCAUGUACGAGGUCUUCAGGAGGGGAUUCAGCAUCUCUGAGAAUGGCCCCUGCCUUGGGUUCAGGAAGCCUAAGCAGCCCUACCAGUGGCUGUCCUACAAGGAGGUGGCUGAAAGAGCAGAAGCUCUGGGUUCAGGCCUUUUGCAGCAGGGCUGCAAGCCAUCCACGAAGCAGUUCAUUGGUGUCUUUGCUCAAAACCGUCCAGAGUGGAUCAUCUCUGAGCUGGCUUGCUACACCUAUUCCAUGGUGGUUGUUCCCCUGUAUGACACCUUAGGUGCUGGAGCCAUUCAGUACAUUGUCAACACAGCUGACAUUUCCACGGUCAUUUGUGACAAGCCUGAAAAAGCCAGGGUACUCCUUGACCAUGUGGAGAGGAGAGAAACACCAGGCCUGAGAUCUAUCAUCCUGAUGGACCCAUUUGAGAAGGAGUUGACAGAGAGAGGGAAGCGCUGUGGGGUUUGCAUCCAGACCAUGCAGGAGGUGGAGGACUGUGGCCGUGAGAGUCGACAUGUGCCUGUGCCUCCUCGACCAGAAGAUCUUUCAAUUGUCUGUUUUACUAGUGGCACUACAGGAAAUCCCAAAGGUGCUAUGCUGACUCAUGGAAACGUGGUGGCGGAUUUUUCAGGCUUUUUGAAAGUGACAGAGAAAGUGAUCUUUCCGAGACAGGACGAUGUGCUCAUCUCCUUCCUGCCUCUGGCUCACAUGUUUGAAAGAGUUAUACAGUCUGUAGUAUACUGCCACGGAGGGCGAAUUGGCUUCUUCCAAGGAGAUAUUCGCCUCCUGUCUGAUGAUAUGAAGGCACUGCGGCCAACCAUCUUCCCUGUCGUGCCACGGCUGUUGAACAGAAUGUAUGACAAGAUCUUCAGCCAGGCUGACACAUCCCUCAAGCGCUGGAUCCUGGAAUUUGCAGCAAGACGGAAAAAGGCUGAAGUUCAAAAUGGCAUCAUUAGAAAUGACAGUUUGUGGGAUAAACUUUUCUUUAAUAAAAUACAGGCAAGUCUUGGGGGUUGUGUCCGCAUGAUAGUGACAGGUGCUGCCCCUGCAUCCCCAGCUGUCCUGGGCUUCCUCCGCGCAGCCCUUGGAUGCCAGGUUUAUGAAGGCUAUGGCCAAACAGAAUGCACAGCUGGAUGUACCUUUACAACUCCAGGUGACUGGACAUCAGGUCAUGUAGGAGCCCCUUUGCCCUGUAACUUAAUCAGAUUGAAGGAUGUGGAAGAACUGAAUUAUUUUGCUUCCAAAGGAGAAGGAGAGAUCUGUGUGAAAGGACCCAAUGUGUUUAAAGGUUACUUGAAAGAUGAAGAGAGGACAGCUGAAGCACUGGACCAGGAGGGCUGGCUUCACACAGGAGACAUUGGAAAAUGGCUACCUAAUGGGACCCUUAAAAUUAUUGAUCGGAAAAAGCAUAUAUUUAAACUUGCUCAGGGAGAAUAUAUUGCACCAGAGAAGAUAGAGAAUAUCUACAUCCGCAGUGACCCUGUUGCUCAGAUCUACGUCCAUGGAGACAGCCUGCAGGCCUUCCUGGUGGGAAUUGUGGUGCCUGAUUCUGAAGUUAUGCCAGGUUGGGCAAAAAAAAGAGGGUUUGAAGGAACAUAUGCAGAACUCUGUAAAAAUAAGGAACUGCAGCAAGCGAUCAUGGAAGACAUGGUACGGUUAGGGAAGGAGAGUGGGCUUCACUCCUUUGAGCAGGUCAAAGCCAUUUAUAUUCACUCUGACAUGUUCUCAGUGCAAAAUGGUUUGUUGACACCAACAUUAAAGGCUAAGAGACCAGAACUCAGAGAUUACUUCAAAAAACAAAUAGAAGAGCUGUAUUCAAGUAUCUCCAUCUGAAAUCACUGGAAGAAUCUUCUGAGUAAUGGACUUCAUAGCAAUAUUAGAAUAAUACACAAAAAGUACAGAGCCAGAAUGACACUGAUGAAAUGGAUAAGCAUCUGAAUCUUACAUUUGAGCCUUUCAUUUUUCUAGGAAUUCAUCACUAACCAUAUUUUCCCUUCUUUUUGCCAUCAGGUGUGAUACAAUUUCUUUUUUACUCUAGGUACACAGUAAGGCACUACUAAAAGUUGUGCUAAAUUGCCAUAAAAUACGCAGAAAUUUCAGUCUAUGACCAAGUAAAUUAUGGAAUAACAAUAUCUUAUAAAUAACCACAAACAUUUCUAAUUAAAAUAGGGAAAAUUUCAAGUAUGUCUGCUGAAAUUUGAUGAUAUAUAACCUAAUAUAUGAGAAACUAAAAUCAUAAAUAAUUCAAUAUUGUUGUCUACCUCAAAUAACCAGUGAUUGAUGGUGAAAGUAAUAGUCUAUUUUCUCUGAUUUGGAUCUUCGAGAUGGAUAUUGGUUUAUAUAGUAAGUGAUAGAUUUUAUAUUUUUCAGGACAUAAAUUGCAUUGAUUUGAUUUAAUCAUUGAUGACUUAACAACCAGAACAGAAAUAGGAAGGAAUUUCCCACUGUUUGUAUUUAAUAGGCCUAUUAGUAUAUUACAUCUAAUAGAUUAAUGUUACCUUGAAAUUAAAGGAACAGAAUAGGAAGUAAUAGCACAGAAUUCUCUCUAUUUCCUUUUCAUCCAAACACAAUUUAUCCACUGUAUGCAGAUUCUGCAUUAGGGCUCCUUCAGUCCAGUGCACAAACGGACAUCUGAACUGCUCAAACUGAGAAGGCUGCAAAAGCAUCACUGGCUCUGUGGUGGCUUUAGGUGGGAGUUCACGAUAAUCCAUAUGCUCCCAGUCCCUAAUUUAUUACUUCACAUGUUGCUAACACUGUGUAGUCCAGCUGGACUAACUCCUGUUCAGGAUCAGCGCUAAGGAAAUGGAGCAUAAGGAAUAAGCUGUGAUUCUGGAUGGGGCUUAGCAGAAUGAAAGGGUUUGGGAAAAGGCCAGCCUGAGAUGCAGCAGUGGAGGGCAUCUUUUGUCUGGCCAUGGAAGGGGAAGGAAUACUGCCCCAAAAGACUCAUGGGGAUGGGAUAAAGGCUGUGUUAGCCAUUGCUGUGCAAGAUGUCACUGUGUGGCAGAACAAUGGACGUGAUGGCAGAAAGGCCUGUUCCGAGAAUGUCUUCAUUGUCACACAUCUGGAAGCAUCAAGUCCCACUGGCAUCACUUCCAGUGGCCUCUCUGGAAUAACCAGCAAGUUGUCUGGAUAAAAUAGAUUUCUGUGGUCAUCAGAAAAGGGAUCAGUCUCACAAGGAGUAGGAACAGACUCUAGAGCUCUGUCUUGGUACAGAGCACGGUACAAGGGAAAGAGGAAACUGUCAUGUCAAGUUGCUUGAAUACUUGGACUGUCGACGGCUUCUUUCUGCUAAACAGAAAGUCUAUUUUCCUAGCUGAUGUCUGCUGCACCAGUGCAUACUAGCAUGGAGCUGUGCCUGCUAGAUCUUUGCUAGGACAGUGGAAACACACUUAUUUUCUUUCUUAUGCUGGAAUACACUGUAGAUUUUUGAAGCUAAAAGUUUAAAUUUUUAAUCUAAACAGUAUCUUAUUUUCUCUCUGAGGUUCUGGUGCAUGCUUCCAAAUGAAAUAAAUUGAAUUAAUAAGUUAGUGUUAUAUGAAGACUGAUUUAUUGCAGUGAUUUCAGAAUAAAAAGAUACACAGGAAACCGUAUCAGUAACAUAAUGACUCAAAGAAUGUGGCAGUUUGAUUUAUCAAAUAUUCAUUUGUCUGAAUCUCUUUAUGUACCUGAUUCCUCAUUUGAUUUCAGUGCAAUGACUCAUAUCAGUACAAGGUAAGUAAAGAAAUAUCUGAGAUCUGAUGGGGUCAUCAUUUUUUACCAAUGUGUGCAGCAAUAGCAUCCCUGGGGAAUUUGAGUGUACCACGUCAAUAGAGGAUAGGGAUUAUUGCAUAAAAUCUAGCUCUUUAGGUCAAGUCAUAAAGGAUUUUUAUCUCAGUGGACUUUAGUUCAUAUCCUUUUUGUGUGAGCCAAAAGACAGUCAUUACAUAUACAGCCUUCAAAGCAAUGGAGAAUUAAAUUCAGUAGAAUUUCCUGUCAGUUUAAAUGCAACAGUUUUAAAAUAAAAAACCCAACCUAGUCAUCUAAGUAAGUAGAGAAAAGCUAUUUUUCACUGAUAUUUUUUUGUCAUUUGAAUUUAAUUUUCUUUUCUCUUAAGAUGAUUUCAGGCUUUUUGAGACAACUAAACUCUGUAUAAGUAUAGAAGAUCCCAAUACGAGUUUCUUUACAGCUUAGAUGGCUGUUAUUUUUACAUAUAUGAUGCUGAAUAAUAUAUCUAUAUUCUUCUUUUGGUAUUUGAUGCAAAAUGUCAGAUGCACUAGAGCCAAAUAGAUGAACACCAAAAUAAUAAGAAUGGCCACACUUGGAUGAUGAAAAAUCUGAGUUGCUUUUUGUGACAAUAAAAAUGUGACUGCCUUCAGAAAUUGUGAAAAAUAACAAAAAUAAACUAAAAGCUCUUUUAUACUUGUAUAAUCAGAUUUUCCUCUGCAGGUCACUCACCAUAAUAAUAACAAUGUUGUAAGAGAUUAACACCAGAAAAAGAGAGAUAGAUAAGGCAUGGGCUAAGCUCAGUCCUGCUUCUCUUCAAAUUACAGGAAUAUUUAUUUUGUAUUGAGCUUUCUUAAACUGAAACACUGCUUGUGACCACCAAUGAAAAAUCCCCAGGACUGUCCAAUAAUCAAUAAUCAGUUGUUUGGUUUUUGGUUUUGGUUUUAUUUUGUUUCGUGGUUUUUUUUUUUUUUUUUUGGGGGGGGGGUUGUUUUGUUUUAUG